AUGGAUCAAGGUUCUAGACAAAUGAAAUCGUCCUUUCCUUUUCGGGCGGCAUUCUCACGUCAAGGGAGAAUUUCACGAAUGCCGACUACAGUCCGAGCGAUCCUGCUCUUGCUGUGGAUUUUCGAAAUUACCGCGGAAGACGCAACUAGCUCGACUACACUGGCCACUUCUUCUUCAACUUUAGAGCCUCUGCCGUUCCAGACGGAAAAAUUUGAUAGUCCGUGGGAGUGUCCGAAUAUAACGAAAAAAAAUACAAUAAACUCCCACCUAAAAAGCAGCCAAGGAGCGAUCUCCCUUCUGGACGUAACCGUUACGGGAAUCUCAACGCUCCCGGCGGAAUUUCUACAAGACGUGGCUCUUCACGGGCUGGUGGUCUCAACUGGAGAACUGAGGCGCGUGAAUGACAAUGCCUUUACCGGCUUGGUCCGGCCACUCCAGGCACUCGGGUUGCCCAAUAAUCUUUUGGAGUCUGUUCCUACUUUGGCCUUAGCCCAGCUCAAUGGACUAGACAGGCUCGAUUUGUCUCUUAACAAAUUACACACACUCGAAGCAAACUCUUUCAAAAGUCUCGCUAGUCUGACAUACCUGGAUCUUAGCGAAAAUUUAUUGUCCCAAUUGUCUCCACAAGCGUUUGGCCCGUUGAAGCAGCUGAGGUCGUUAAAGAUGCGCGGAAACCGAUUAAGCGUUUCAGCAUUAUCUGCGCUCCGUGGAUUGAAAAAUCUCGAAGAACUGGAUCUAUCUAGUAACUUACUUAUUGGGCCCCUGGGACCCAAUUUACUCCCAUCAAUGCCCAAAUUGAGAUUCCUAACUCUCUCGGAGAAUGAACUUAUUAACGUCCAGCAGGGAGCGCUUGUUGGGCUAAAAAACCUCAGCUACCUUAGCUUGAGCCACAAUCAGAUUGACGUCCUGGAGGAUCAUUCCUUCAAGUACUUGUCAACACUAACCAACCUGGACCUGGCCAGCAAUCGGAUCGUCGCAGUCUCUAGCGCUUCGUUGGCGCACUUAGAGAACUUGGUGACCUUGGACCUGACCCACAACUUCUUACGUUCCUUGACAGCAGACCUGGUGAUUCCCCUGACAAGCCUCCAGGAUCUGAAACUCGAUGAUAACGAUAUCACCAUGGUGUCCAGCGACGUGCCAACCUCGAAACUGAAGCUCAAGCGGCUGUCCCUGGCAGACAACCCCUUGAACUGCGAUUGCACUCUUCUAGACUUUGCUAACUGGCUCAGCAACUCACCGCUUGACGAAGAAGAGAAGAACUCCGCAGUCUGCGCAACGCCCCCUGCUCUGGAGAACGGAAUCCUGGUCCAGGUGUCACCGGGAAGCUUGCUCUGUGGUGAUCCUACACCUCCUCUGAUGACCAAAACCCCGCUAGCUGGCGCCCAAUUGACGCUCAAGGAGUUCCGCUACGACAAAUCGGGAGUUAACAUUCUGUGGAACGUCGAGCCUUGCAGCGAAAGUUACACCUGCGACAGCCUGAUUGUCUACGAAGCUACUGGGAGCUCCGAAGUCGAGAUUGAGUCGAAAACUCUGCACUGUGAUUCAAGAUUCAUGGCGAAUCCUUGUUCGCUGUCAGUGACCAUUCCAGCGUUGAAUCUCCAGGUCGGUCACAAGUAUAGGUACUGCGUAGUCCUCCUGGUCCCUUCUGACCACGAAGACCUGUCCCUGGGUCUGGGAUGCAGCGACAUCAUCACCCUGGAAGAGUCCCAGAUGACCACCAACAUCUCCAGCGUUUCUUCAACGGUUCUCCCUGCAGUUCGUCAGGAUGGACACAGAAUUACUGGAGUCCAUGUCAACGUGUCCGAGCAAGGCUUCCUCCAUGUUGACAUCAGCUUGUCUUCAUAUGAAGCCAACUCUUGUGAACUUUUUGUUAUUGUCUUCGCUGGAGAAGUUCCGCUGCACAGGAAGAAGCUCAACUGCUCGCUAGCCUACGCUGAAAUGACUGGACUCAUUCCCGGGAGGUACAAAGUCUGCGCCAGCUUCAAUGAUGAAAGCUUGGAUGAGUCCAACGGCAGGUCCAGGUGCGUUGAAGUCCAGGCUGUCAAGCAGAGCUUCGAAAUGAUAAUUCUGGUGAUUGUCGUGGUGUCUUGCUUGCUGUUCAUCACGGUGGUUGUCUUCGUUCGCAGCUUGAUCAAGAAAGUUAAAGCUCCGCAGAUUCAAACUCAAUGUUUUAUGCCUGCGCAGGAGCUUGAGAUCACUCACAAAGCGCAUUAUAUUAAGUUACUCGCUACCACUAAAGUCUGA